AUAUAUAAAAAAAAAAAAGUUUCGAAGAAGAAGAAGAAGAAAAGACAUCAUCAAUGGCGCUUAUUCAGAGAGCUUCUUCUUAUCAUCUUCGUCUCUAUUUACGGCUCAUGGCUUCUCGUCCUCGUCUCUUCUCUACUACUAGCUCACUCUCUCCUUCUCUUCAUCCUCACUCCUCAUCUCUCUCCGCGCCUCCAUUUAUCUCCCCAAUCCCCAGUUUCAGGAUUAAGUUUCAGUUAACCAAUGCUUUGAGUCAAAGACUGAUACAACCAAAUGCUGUUACAUCGAGGUACUUGUCUACUGAGGCCACAUCUAAGGGUUACAGUUCCGAGCAGAUUCAGGUGCUGGAAGGCUUGGACCCUGUCAGAAAACGGCCAGGAAUGUAUAUAGGGAGCACUGGACCUCGUGGUCUGCACCAUUUGGUUUAUGAGAUACUUGACAACGCUAUUGAUGAGGCUCAAGCUGGUUAUGCCUCAAAGGUUGAUGUCGUCCUGCAUGCAGAUGGCUCAGUUAGUGUUAUGGACAAUGGACGUGGGAUACCCACAGAUUUGCAUCCUGCGACCAAAAAAUCUUCCCUGGAGACUGUGCUUACGGUUUUACAUGCAGGUGGCAAGUUUGGUGGCACGAGUAGUGGCUACAGUGUGUCUGGUGGACUACAUGGUGUAGGUUUAUCAGUUGUUAAUGCUUUGUCUGAGGCCUUGGAGGUCACGGUUUGGAGAGAUGGGAUGGAGCAUAAGCAAAAUUAUUCUCGUGGAAAGCCCAUAACUACACUUACUUGCCGUGUUCUCCCGCUAGAAUCAAAGGGGACUAAAGGGACGAGCAUCAGGUUUUGGCCCGACAAAGAAGUAUUCACAACGGAAAUUGAAUUCGACCAUAACACCAUUGCUGGACGAAUUAGGGAGCUUGCAUUUCUGAAUCCAAAGGUUACCAUCACUCUUAAAAAGGAGGAUGAUGAUCUUGAAAAGAACCAAUAUACUGAAUAUUAUUUUGCUGGAGGAUUAACUGAAUAUGUUAGCUGGCUAAAUACUGAUAAGAAUCCCAUUCAUGACGUGCUGGGUUUCAGGAAAGAGAUAAAUGGUGCCACCGUGGACGUUUCCCUUCAAUGGUGCUCAGAUGCAUAUUCAGACACGAUGCUGGGAUAUGCCAAUAGCAUUCGCACCAUUGAUGGUGGAACACACAUCGAAGGUGUGAAAGCUUCAUUAACCAGGACUCUUAAUACCCUUGCAAAGAAGUCAAAGGCUGUUAAGGAGAAGGAUAUUAGUUUAAGUGGGGAACAUGUUAGAGAGGGAUUGACCUGUAUCGUCUCAGUCAAGGUUCCUAAUCCUGAGUUUGAAGGUCAAACAAAGACAAGAUUAGGGAAUCCAGAGGUGAGAAAAAUUGUUGACCAAUCAGUUCAGGAGUACCUCACGGAGUUUUUGGAAUUGCAUCCAGAUGUACUUGAGAGUAUUAUUUCCAAAUCCCUUAACGCUUACAAGGCUGCUUUAGCUGCCAAAAGGGCAAGGGAGUUGGUCAGGUCGAAAAGCGUUUUGAAGUCAUCAUCACUUCCUGGGAAACUGGCUGAUUGCUCAUCAUCAGAUCCUGAAGAAUCUGAGAUUUUUAUAGUCGAAGGAGAUUCUGCUGGUGGCAGUGCGAAACAGGGCCGUGACAGACGUUUUCAGGCAAUUCUUCCUUUGAGGGGUAAAAUUUUGAACAUUGAAAGAAAGGAUGAAGCAGCGAUGUAUAAGAAUGAAGAAAUUCAAAAUCUAAUUCUUGGCCUUGGCCUCGGUGUGAAGGGAGAAGAAUUUAAGAAAGAAAAUUUGCGGUACCAUAAGAUAAUCAUCUUAACAGAUGCAGAUGUUGAUGGUGCACAUAUACGGACACUUCUGUUGACCUUUUUCUUCAGAUAUCAGAGAGCCUUGUUUGAUGCGGGUUGCAUUUAUGUCGGCGUUCCACCUCUAUUCAAGGUUGAAAGGGGGAAACAUGCUCAAUAUUGCUAUGAUGACGCAGACCUUAAAAAGAUCACCGCUAAUUUCCCUGCAAACGCAUCCUACACCAUUCAAAGGUUCAAAGGUUUGGGAGAGAUGAUGCCUGAGCAGCUUUGGGAAACAACAAUGAAUCCAGAAACAAGGAUAUUGAAGCAAUUAGUUGUUGAGGAUAUAGCAGAAGCAAACAUGACAUUUUCAUCACUUAUGGGUGCUCGGGUCGAUGUCCGGAAAGAACUCAUCAAAAAUGCAGCAACAAAGAUCAAUCUGCAGCGUCUUGACAUAUAACUGGAAACCGCUUGAGAUUGGUCGCUAAAUAUUUCUUCUUCAUCUGGUGAGAUGAGUUUAGAUUAUAUUAGUCAGAGACCAAGAUGCCACUAUCAUGUUUUAGUUCUUCCUCUGGCCUAGCAAAAGUAAUUACUGUUACAAUUGUGGCUAUCUUCUCGGUAAGUUAAAUGGUAUUUUAAAAUGCAUUUGGUAAA